CAGUAUUGUUUAAUUAUGUAAAGCAUGCCGCUAUAACUAAGGUGGCGCUUAAAUCAGUUCGGCCCAAUUUUCGAUGAAACGCGGGCUGUUUUACCGACACGGAAUUCGGAGUUCGGCCUCGACGCUUGCAUUGCUAAAGUUCAAGCAAUAGGUCUAUAUAUGUGAUGUCUGUAUAUAUAUAUAUUACUAUGUAAUAAGGUAAUAAUCAUGAAAAGAGUGAAAAUCAAGUCAAAAAGACCAAAUCCAUUGUUUGAACUUUGGUUAGAAGAAUGGAAAAAAGAAGCUGCAUUCAGAAAUUCUACUUUGGAGCAUAAUUUUUCAAAGGCACUUGCUUCUUUGAAAAAAUAUCCUUUACCAUUAAAUUCUGGGAAAGACUGUAUAAUAUUGCAACAUUUUGGUACAAAAUUAUGCUUGAUGUUGGAUAAAAAACUUGAAGAGUAUAAUGCUCAAAAUACAGAUACAAUAAACAAAGACGAUUUAGUUUGUACUCACUGUGAUUUUAAUAGGCAACAUACACCUGAAAAGAGAUAUAAAUCACAAAAUGUUUUAGAUAUUAAUUACUUGCACGAAGAGACAGAACUGGCAAUAUUUGAUAAGUUGAACUUAUCAGCAUGGGACUUAGAGAAUUAUGCAGCUUUAUUGACUUUAUAUAAAAAAGCACAAUGCCCUUAUUAUUUAGGGUUUGUUAUGGAGACAGAUUUACUGUGUGAAAUUAUAAAUUUGUGUAGACAUGUAUCAAAGGAUUCAAUUUUCAAUUUGGUUGACAAUGGUUUAUUUUCUAUGAGAGAUGAUCCUAUCAGAUAUAAUCUCACAGACCAUGGCACAAAUAUUGCUAAAAAGAUAUGUGAAAUUGCUGCUAUUGAUGUUAAAUUGAUAAAGUCUUCUGAAGACCUAAAUCAGAUUCAAAUAUCUUUAAAGUCAUUUAUCAGUGAUAAAGUUACAAAUGUAGAAACAUCUAAUGGAUGUUCUAAAAAUGUUCAGAAUGAUACGUCUUCAAAACUUUAUAAAUCUAAAUCUGCAGAAUUUCCUAUAAGCAGACAGCCUGAUAAGUAUUUCACGCAACAAAAAUAUAAGAAAAAGGCAAAAAAUAUAAAUAAUUGUGAGUUACUAAAGAAAGCAAAUUUUACUGAUAAUAUUGAGAGAAACAUUUACUUAGAACCAAAUAAAUUUGAUAUAAUAUUGUUAGUAGACACUCAGGAGAUUUGUGGUGGUAAAACAAAACCUCAGCAUGAUGCUACAAUAGUUGAACUGACCCAACUUGGUGUAUUAUUUGAGAUACGACAUUUGAAAGUUGGUGAUUUCGCAUGGAUCGCUAGGUGUAGAAUUACAAACAAUGAAUUAAUUUUACCGUAUAUAGUAGAAAGAAAACGAAUAGAUGAUUUGAGCUCAAGUAUCACAGACGGACGAUUUCACGAACAAAAGUUUAGAUUAAAGCAAUCUGGAAUUACAAAUCUUAUGUAUAUAAUUGAGGAAUAUAAGAAAGAACAACGAUUAGCAAUACCAUAUUCAUCAUUGAUGCAAGCUUCUAUUAAUACUUUGAUACAAGAUGGUUUUUCAGUCAAAUAUACAAAGAAUCACAAAGAUUCUAUGUUGUAUUUGUCAUCUUUAACAAAGAUUUUAAUAAAAGUUUUUAAGGGAAAGAAUUUAGUAGGUUGUGGAAAAGAAAUUGUUACCCAGACAGAUAGUUCAAGCAACAUUUGUAAUCUUAUGGAAUUCGGAGAGUUCAAUAAGGGAGCAUCUAAACAAAAAGUAUUUAAAGUAAAUGAAAUGUUUAUCCGCCAACUACUGCAAUUAAAAGGAAUUUCCGUGGAUAAAGCUUUUGCAAUCGUGGAACGUUAUCCAACCCCGCGAACAUUAAUUAAUGCGUUUCAAACGCCCGGUUGCAAUGCGGAAUUAUUAUUAGCAAAUAUUGAAUACGGAAAUAAGAAAUCUAUGGUCGGACCGGUAAUUAGCAAAACAAUUUAUCAAUUAUACACUAACAAGAAUUUAAAAUGAUUCUUGAUAACUUAGCAGACUACAUUUUAUUAUUGAAAUAAGGCUACCUUGUAUGUUAUAUAUCAUAUGAUCACGUUUUGAUAAAUGAAAUUCACGAAUAAGAAGAAAAUCUGAACUUACCUUUUAUUUUUAUUUUCAUAUUUCGAUAAAAUGCAUACACUAUUAUUAUAGGGUUUCAAUAAAUUAGUGCAACAAUUUCAACAAAAUCAUUUGUAAUAUCAGUUUCAUAGUGUGAUUAAGUUAUAUAAAUUAUAUCUAUCGAUUAUCAAAGUCUUACGUCGAAGUAGCUGUUUCAUCAUUGGGAUCAGUCGGAUUGUAAGUAGAUGUAAAAGAUCAUUCUCUCAUUGACAGAAACAUUGUAAAAUACGACAUG